AUUGCUGUCAAAUAAUCAAACAAAUGGAGUCCAGAGAUCAUCCACCUACAGGUCAGCUUAUUUACUACCCACACAAACCACAAGUGUCUUUUGUGGUUGUGGAUUGUGCAUCUUUUACCCCUGGAAUAAUGUUUUCAGUCAUUUUGCUUAUUUUAAGCCUGUCUGGCCUCACUUCACAUGUUGUAGCAGCGCCGGGUCUUUUGGAAGACUUCAUUGGCUUUGUCGAUGAAAUAUAUGACUAUGUUGUUAAUGACACGGAGGAAAUAUCUUCAGCUGAAAUAAACGAGACGAUUGAUUGGCUUUUUUCCUUCUUUGAUGAAGAAACAUGUGAUCCAAACCCUUGCCAGAACAAUGGAGUUUGUAAGGACAAAGAGAGCGGCGGCUUCAAAUGCAUCUGUCCACCGCCUUAUAUUGGCAAAAAGUGUCAAAAUGAGAGGAACGUGUGUAAAAAAGUGAAGUGUGGUCAUGGUGAUUGUGUCCGAAUAAAAAAAGACCCAUUUUAUGAGUGCAAGUGCAGGCCUCCAUAUCGGGGUUCUAAGUGCAAGAAUGCCUACCCGUGUAAUCCAAGUCCAUGCCAGAAUGAGGGAACGUGUGUUAAAGGCCGUACGAGAGCAAGUUUCACAUGCACUUGUCCUGAAGAUUAUAGUGGGAGGUUCUGCCAAGUUGGUCCAAAUGAUUGCUAUGAAGGGAAUGGGGAAUCAUACAGAGGCAAUGUCAGUGAAACAAUAGAAGAAAUUGAGUGUUUACCCUGGAACCACAAUCUAAUUCCUUACAAAGAGUUUGAAGGGAAUGAGAGCAUUGGAGAACACAAUUACUGCAGGAAUCCAGAUGGAGACCGGGAACCUUGGUGCUUUGUGAAAGAAAAGGGAAAGCUUCAGUGGAACUACUGUAAUGUGAAGCCAUGCUCUGAAACAGAACCAGAAAAACCCUUAACUACCCCUACAAAACUGGAGUUUUCGGACUGUGGAAAGACCGCAUUUAGCAUGAUAGCGCCCAGAAUAUUUGGUGGGCGGAAGUCCCUGCCCGAGGCCCAUCCCUGGCAGGCCUCAUUUCAGGUGCGUCCCAAGGGCUCUAACGCAACCUUUGAGCACAACUGUGGAGGAACCCUGAUUGACUCCUGCUGGAUCCUGACGGCUGCCCACUGCAUCGAUGAGAAUGAUGAGGUGAGGGUGGAGUUGGGUGGUGUGAAUCUGGAGAAAGAUGACCCUGAUAAACAGUUUGUGGAAGUGGAGAAAAUCAUUGUUCAUGAGAACUACACAGAGACUUCUGAAGCCCUUUAUAAUGAUAUAGCCCUCCUGAAACUGAAGGGAUGGAAUGGACGGUGUGCCAAUGAGACCAGGUCUGUCAGGGCAGCUUGCCUUCCCACCGAUUUAUUCCCUGAAGGAACACGAUGCACCAUAUCAGGCUAUGGAGCUACAGAGAAACAUCAUGGCGUUUCUUCUCAGCUGCUGGAUGCCAAAGUUCUCCUGAUCUCUCAGAGCCGCUGCAUGUCUCGGAACGUCUACGGAAACAGAAUGGAUGAUUCCAUGAUGUGCGCAGGAUAUAUGCAGGGAAAGGUCGACUCUUGUCAGGGUGAUUCUGGUGGACCGUUGGUUUGUGAGAAGGACAAUACACAUUACAUUUAUGGUGUGGUGAGUUGGGGCGACAGCUGUGGCAGGAAGAACAAGCCAGGUGUCUAUGCCCGUGUCACAAAGUUCAUAGACUGGAUAAAUGAAAAGAUGCAUACUAUAAAGUGAAAUUGAUCCAAUAGCUCAAAUUUUCAAUUAUUAGAAAAAUCAGAUUUGGUCCACAUUUGCAGUUAUGUGCAACCAAAGCCAUAAGAUCAGCUGAUGGUUUAAUAUCUGUAUUUUAGUAGAGGUCAUAUUCAGACCUAAAUAUGUUAAGAAAGUGUAAGUAACGGGUGAUCUAGAGAUUUUUUUUUUCAUCUGCCAACCCAAAAAUAAAUAUCACCAUUUUUGUGAUUCAUGUACAUAUUAAGAUAAAGUUACACUGAGAUGUUGACCAAUCAGCUCUUCCAGUAUUCUGAUGAUCCAAGUGUGAUAGAUUAUUGGGGACAUUCAUUGGUUUGCAAUUAAAUGAAGUUGUUGGCAUUGCACUGCACACAGUAGGAAGAUUGUGAUUCUGUAGGAACAAUUUGGACAAACAAAAUUAAAAGAGAUUUGGUAUAUUUCACCACAGACAAGUCUGUCUUUCCAACAUAAUUACAGUUUUACAACACACACACAAAUUUAAUGUUUGCUUUGAUAUCUGUGACAAAUAAAUAUGCACUCAUUACUAAAUGCUUAUCACCAAAUCAAAAUCACUAAGUUUGUCUGACAUCUCAUGACAUUAAUAACCAUUUCAAAGUCAUAGAGUGACUUAUAUUUUUAUCAUGUGAUAUUAUACUUAUAUUUGUGAAAAUAGUAAUGUUGACACUGAUUACAUUUGGUCUGCAUCCACAGGCCAGUUGUUUAAUACACAACUUUUGUACUUUAUAUGCUUGACUUAAAUAUUUGUUUUAAAACGUCCCAUUUUCAUGUAAUUUCUUGUUUACAUGUUUAUGUUCAAAUCUGUUAGAGCUCAGGUAAUAGAAUGAAUGAAGUCCAAACUGUAUCACCACGCAAAUGGUUUGAGGAAACCAAUUACAGCAACUUAAACCUAUUUACCACAAUUGAUUUCCUCAAACCAUGAGUAGCUAUACAGCUGUUUGAACUUAAUUCGUUCAAGUUAACAGAACUCUGAUUUGAUGACUGAACUUAAACUGUUACUAAUACUCAACUAUU